AAAUUAGACAAGCCAAGCGAUAUGAUGCCGAAUAUUUUCAACCAAAAUUUACUGAAAUCAUUGAAAAAUUAAAUAAAUACAAAAAUGGGUGUAAAUAUCUGGAAGACCUAGUUUCACUUAUAGGUCAUCCCAGCAAUCCUCCUUUGGGAUUAAACAAUGUCAAAGAAAAAACAUUCAUAAUUACCGAAACGCAUCUUGGGGACUAUUUUCCCAUAGGUGCUGCACAUGUAGGAAAAACCAAUUUAUAUAACUUGCCGGUAAGAGCAAUUUGCGGAAGUUCCUUAACCCUUAUUCGUCUCCUUCCACAAUUAAUAAAUCCCUAUUAUUUACUAGCAUUUCUCAAUUCUUCAAUAGGAAAGUCAUUAACGAGGAGGAAUUUAAGAGGUUCGGUUCAGCAGUGUAUUUAUUCCCACGAUACCAAAAAAGUGCCGAUACCAAUGUUAGACAAAUCAGUUCAGGAGCAAAUUGCAACCGCUAUUCACGAAGGCGAGGAUUCAUUUAAUAAAUCCAAAAAUUUACUAAAUGUUGCCAAAAAGGCAGUAGAAAUGGCGAUAGAAAUAAACGAGGAUAUAGCUGUGCAUCGGGAACCAAAGGAGGCAUUAAAACCUCCAGCAAAAACCGAGCAAAAAUCCCGCAAAAUCCUGGAACCUAAAGAUUAUAGCACUUUGCGUUCUCUUCUAAAAAAACAGCAAGGGGAAAGAAUAACUCCUUAUAUUUUUAAAUUAGCCGACUCGCGGCCAGUUGAAACUUAUCUUGACCAACAAAGAAUAGAGAAGCCUGAACCAGCAGGUAAUAAAAAAAUCCACACUAUCCAAGAAGAGCAUCCCGGAGUCAUUAUCUCCAAUGACCAACAAAACCAGUUUAGUCCGGUGGUAACUGUAAUACCACUUACUUCUCAAAUUACUACCAUUGAUAAAAUUUAUGUUAAAAGGAAAAUUGCUUCUUUAACUGAAAAAGAAAUGAGAGAAAUAGAAAGGAAAUUACACCUUACUUUGGCUUUGAGUUGUUAUCAAAAGGAAAGUAUUAAGACAGGUCAGAAGUAUAUUCAACCUAAAAAUGUUUCUAUCACUAAUAAUCUGGCAGUUAUUGACCGAAUAUUAAGUAAAACUCGGUUAGAGCUUUUUUCAGUGAUAAGAGCCAAACAACCGACCAAUAUUCAUGAAUUAAGUAAAUUGCUCAAUCGUGAUUAUGCUAAUGUUUGGCGGGAUUGUCAAGUGCUUGCCAGUUGUAAAAUUAUUGAGUUAAAAGGACAAGGCAAAGAAAUUCAGCCGCUCGCUCUUUACGACCAAAUUGUAAUUGAGUUUCCACUGGUGAAUAUUAGCAAGGAAAAAGGCAAUGAAGUUGGUUUGGUGGUUUAG